AAGAGGGAAACCUUCCCCCCCCAAAAUCCCUCGUCAAUGGCGGCGAUGGGUUUCUUCUCCCUCCCCGUCGCCCGCCGAUGAGAUCCGUCUUCUCUCCCCGUCCUCCUCCCAACCCUCUCAUCUUCCCGCUAACCAGACCUCUCAUGGCUUCUUCCGGCACCCAAGUUCUUGACCCACCUCCCACUCCCGACGAUUCACUCUGUUCCAGCAGCCCUCUCCAACACCAAGACGCAGCCCAAACAGAAGAAGAGGACACUUCAACCGCGGCAUUCGGCGUCUCCCCUUCGCCCAACGGUUACCUUACCGGGGAGUCCCGGGCGGAACGAGCAUGGGCGCAUUGGAUCGAGCUUGGUCGCCCCAAGUUCAUCGUUGCUCCGAUGGUGGACAAUUCCGAGCUCCCCUUUCGGAUGCUCUGCAGAAAGUACGGUGCAGAAGCUGCUUACACUCCAAUGCUUCAUUCGAGGAUUUUCACCGAGAAUGAGAAGUACCGCAGCCAAGAGUUCACCACUUGCAAGGAGGAUCGGCCGCUUUUCGUUCAAUUUUGUGCCAAUGAUCCAGACACCUUGCUUGAAGCUGCUGGGAGGGUGCAGCCUCAUUGCGACUAUGUCGAUAUAAAUUUCGGUUGCCCUCAGCGGAUUGCCAGGCGAGGGUAUUACGGAGCUUUUCUAAUGGACAACCUGCCACUCGUCAAGUCCCUGGUUGAAAAGCUGGCCCUGAACCACAUCCGUGUCUCUUGUAAAAUCCGAAUCUUCCCCAAAUUGGAGGAUACAAUUAGCUACGCGAAGAUGUUGGAGGAAGCUGGGUGCUGGGUGCUGGCAGUCCAUGGCCGAACAAGAGACGAAAAGGAUGGGAAGAAGUUCAGGGCCGACUGGAAAGUCAUUAAAGCCGUACGAGAAGCAGUGAGAAUUCCUGUUCUUGCCAAUGGCAACAUCCGCCACAUGGAAGACGUUCACGACUGUUUGGAUGAGACAGGCGUGGAAGGUGUGCUCUCGGCCGAGACUCUGCUCGAGAAUCCAGCGGUGUUUGCUGGAUACCGGACUCCUGAAUGGGUUUCCCCUGGCGGGGAAGAAGAAAUGCACAGAGAUGGAUUGCUCGACCAGGCUGAUUUGGUUGUGGAGUAUUUGAAGCUGUGCGAAGAGUACCCAGUGCCGUGGAGAAUGAUCCGUUCCCAUGUGCAUAAGAUGCUGGGGGAGUGGUUCAGGGUUCAUCCUCAUGUUAGAGAGGAUCUGAAUGCACAAUCCAAGCUGACCUUUGAAUUUUUGUAUGAUAUGGUGGAUCGUCUCAAGAAGCUAGGCGGGAGGAUUCCGCUUUACCUCAAGGAUAAGGGUGUAGCCAAGUCCUAGAACUUCUGCUAGUUGAAUUAAGAGCAGCUGGCUGUUCUAUUCAAUAUUCAUCCUCUCGUCAUGAACAAGGUACGGUGUAUAACCUAUACAGUGUAUGUUCAGUUUGUACUGUGAUUCAUAGGAUGGCAGCCUGCAGGUUUUCUGUUGAUGUUCUUACUUCGUAGUACCCAUUCUGGUUUCGUCUUCCCGGGUUGUGGGAUGGGAAUUAGCCCACUUGUAUGUUUUGUAGACCAUUUGACAGGAAACUUCAGAUUGUUAUAUUCUCACCAUUGGAAGGGUUACUCCUAUGGGCUCUCCUCUUGUUUUUAUUCUAGGUUUCUUGAACUAUUCCGAAAAUGUGCUUCUGAGAAAAGACUAUACAUAGUACAUUGCAAU